AUGUGGACUUGUACCACCGUGGUUAAUGGACAAUCCAGCUCUAAUACCACAGCCAACCAGUCAUCAUCCAAAUUUUGUGUUGUUGUUGAGCCGCCUACUCUUUGGAAACGUUCGAACACACGGGUGCUUGUACCUGAGGCUGUCCACCCAUCGUUUGUGGAACCUCGCCAGGUUAACCCAGCCUACGUUCCCGACAAAAUGUGCAGCAAGACAUUACGUAUCAUGUAUCGAGAAGAGUCUGUCAAACUGCACGACGUUUUCGAGCAAAGGUUAUUGAUCCAGGUGGACCCUUCUAAACUUGAGCAGUCGGUUCUAAAACAUGAGGUUUUCCUCUGUGUAGAACUUUGGUUUGCCGAAGAAGGUUCACAUAAUACUUUCUCAGUACGUUCGCUGGAAAAGGUGUAUGAACGUCAGCUUCGUGUGCAGCUGACACCAACGCGUGGAUUGCAUCACCACUUUGAUGUAUUUUUCGAUUACUUUCAUCUUUGUGCAGUAGAAAUGGGUCUGCACGGAGCUCUUACAAACGUAUCUCCUAGCAUAAUCAGCCUCCAGAAACUAUCACCGCACGCUACCCCUUUGCCCCGGUCCGGUUCUACACAAAAUCUGGAGCAGCAAUCCUGGCACAGCAUUCUGUUUAACAUUCGGAAUCACGAAAGCCAUUAUGCUUUUCACGCUAGCCGCGUUCAGUUGGCUCGUUCUAUUCAUCGACACUUGUGUCACAUUCUGUUGGCCGCUCGGGAGUCAAUGCUCAUGUUCUGGAAAGAAUUGCUGCCCUAUUUACCCGUUCGGUUCAGACCUCGAAUUGGUACCACCAAUUUUGCGGAAAAACUCGAAGAAUUGUCCAAACAGAUGCACGCCCUGAGCAGUGACGAGGAAAUGGCCAACCAGCUAUCGUUGGAUGUCGCACGCUUGUCUUCCCAGAAUACUGCAUUACUUAAACAAAUGAGUAAAUCUAUCGUCCUGCAUUACAAAGUGACAGCCUACUUGAGGCGGAAGACGCAUCAAGUGCGGAUGAAGCGGUUUGCCGAAUCGUUUUUCUGUCAGGAGCUCUCCAUUGUUCAUCUUUUGGAGAUUUACGACCCAAAAGGAGAAAUUACCGUUGGUCAUGAGGCGCUGGCGAACGAAGUUAGACAGUCCCCCUACUUCCAGCAGUUACCUGCACUAUCGGUCAGUUGCCGCGAAUUGGACGGCGAUCCAAACACGUUGCCAAUCAUUUUUGAAGACGUCUUUCUGUCGCCAAAUUCGAUCCAUUCAAAACGAGUUCCUUGGUGUCAUCAACCUGGUGUGAUUGCCAACGCGAGCGGUGUAUGGUACGAUCCGUCAUACGUUCCUCUCGCACGGGGUGAUUCGCAGGUGAGCGAUAAAUCCCAUCAAUCAGAACCUCUGUCGGGAGAUGCCAACCGAGUUCGACUUGAUGCGCAGCCAUCCACGCGAAUCCGCAUUGAAACGAGCUCAUCCCACCAGAAGCAAGCCCAUUUACUUCGUGGCUUGCCUUCACCGCUGACGGACUCCUCCCGAGCUUUCUCCCGUUCUAGUCCGGCACUAGCUGAAUUGGGUAUAGCCCGAACCAACGCAACACUACCGCCAGUACUACGCUAUUUGAGCCAAAACCGACGCCGGUUUCGUAACUCGAAUUCACAUGGUCAUCGGUCGUUCCAAGCAAUCCGUUCAAAACAUGACAUGUCCGCGCUCCCUGACCCAAUGCACGAUGGCCCAGUCCGCCUGUUGGGCUACCGCAGUGUGGGUGUGAUAUCGGAUGCUCCCAUUGUAGACUGUAAAUCUAAGGCAGUAUCAAUCCGUGUACAUCACAAACAUUCCUGUGGGUGCGGAGUGAUUGAGACACCUACAGUUCGGUUGAGACCGAAACACCUAUCUUUGAGAACUCGAGACCUUCGAUCGAGGUCGGUGAAUUCAAUCCACACGCGCACUGCCUCAACAUCCGCUUUUACUGAUGAUCACGGCUUAUAUUCUUCCCUAUCCGAGGCCUCCUUGAUGCACAACUCUGGUUACUGUAACGUGAAACUAUCUUCUUCGGAUGCUUCCAAUGAUGUGGAUGAGCCUUGCUUGUUGAUCGCAGAACAGUUGAAAUCCGUCUGCGGUGGUGCUCACCGAAAAAGACACGAUUCCCAAUCGGACCGUUCUGGUGUAACUCCCUCGUUGAACCGUACAUCCAACAUUCAAAACUCCUCUUUUGACGAGCGUCAAUUACCGUCUCCUGUGGUACGCUGCUCCAGUUUUAUAGCCGCACCGUCACACUCGGUCGCACUGGGCACCCUAAGUCGUACACCUCGUGAACCUCCUGGUGGUUGUGUUCCUCCGGCUUAUUUGACCAAUGGGCUGGAUCUGUUCACUUCGCAGAAUUGCACAAACACUACGUGUACGGACUCAUCUAUGCGGCCGUUCCUACGAUCACGCACUCUGUCGAGUCUGUCUGUGCCAAAUUUGGCCUAUGCUUGCGCUUUGGCUCGGGUCAAAUCCGAAUCCGUUUUAUCGUCAACUUCCUCGACUCGAGGACACGAACGUUCGAAGGCGUCGACCUUUCAACGGCGUGCACGGCACAAACUUUCCGGAACAAUGACGCGAAGAUCUCAUUCCGCCAUGUGCCGUGUGUACACGUCAGAUUUAGCCUGUCUUGGCUCUUGUUCAGAGCUGGAUCUGAUUGCUCUCGAAGACGCUCAAAGUCAACGUUGCAUUCCAAAACCAGGGGAUUCUAUUUACACUGAUGUGCACAUGGAGUCUGUGCAUCAUCGUAUGGCUCAUUCGUCACUCAACCUUUGUCAAUCGGACAUGAGCGAACCAUACCCACAAUCGUCGGUGCAGGACAAUUUACCCCUUAGUCAUGGUCGAAGUACUAAAAACAAUAUAGAGGAUACACAGAAUCGUAGCACCAACUCUAUACGCUACUGGUCUCGUGGACAAUCGGGCAGCUUUGCGCUUCCACUCAACGGGGCCAGUUCGACAAGUAGCGAGGAAGUCAUGGAUUUCGUCACCCGCAAGCAGGUAUGUGGAUCGAAUAAUUUACAAUCCCUACACGUGACCGCAUCUGCCUCAAUUUCCGAUGCUGCCGCCACAGAUUCCAUUACCCGUCGUCCCCCACUGAUGCCCAAUGGUUUUACGAAAGCUCUUACUCUUACUUCAUGUGACCGAAAUUCCCUGCUCACCGAAACCGGGACAACCCGUUCUUUGGGGACGUUGAGAACAGCCCAUCGUUAUGAACCAAACUCACAGUUACGCGAAUGUGGCUAUCAGCUUCACAGUGAUAUCGAUGGAGACACGGACGAUGAAAUGGACUUGCCUAAAAGACCUGGGGGAUAUCAUACCCAGUCGCGCCAAGAUGAAAAGUUCAGCAUUUUGGAGUUGUUGCGUGAAGACGGACAGCUGCAUAGAUGGCAGACAGCUUCGCAGCGCGUACAUAAUGUGUCUGCAUUACCCAGUGGUGCUGCUCAGACGCAAUCCCUGAAGUACCGAACGAUUGACUCGGUUCCGUCGUUGCACAACACACUGGUGUCGUGUCGAUCUUGUGUCACUCUACCGACCGAGAUUGUUUCAAAGCCGUUGGUCGAUGUAAUCUCCCCUGGAGUAGUUGAGUUCUUACAACUGAAGGAAAAUGUGAAGCGACAGAUUUCUGUAGAUUUCCAGGGCCACGUGUACAGCGAUUUUGCCACUGUGGCUGCUCCGUAUGCCUAUUUCUCCGACCCUCCGAUGCAAAACGACGAACUCCAUCUGGUGGUGUGCGUCCACGGUUUGGACGGCAACGCAAGCGACCUGCGUUUGGUUCGAAUCUACCUGCAACUAGCAUUACCCGAUUGUCGUUUGGAAUUCCUGAUGUCCGAAGGCAAUCAACACGAUACGUUUGCAGGCUUCGAUACGAUGCGUGACAACUUGGUCGAUGAGAUCAUCAGUUUUAUUGAAGGACUCGACGAACCACCAACUCGGAUCAGUUUCAUCGCCCACAGUAUGGGUUGUGUUCUGGUUCGGGCCGCACUUUGCAAUCCUCUACUGGCACCCUACCUUCCCAGAUUGCACACAUUUUUGUCUUUAAGCGGACCACAUUUGGGUACAGUGUAUAACUCUUCCGGUCUCGUGAAUAUGGGCAUGUGGGUGAUGCAAAAAUGGAAAAAAUCUGAGAGUUUGUCCCAACUACGACUACGGGACGAUACUGAUCUACGCAAUACGUAUUUGUAUCAUUUGAGUGCAAGCGCCGGACUGGAUUGGUUCCGCUAUGUGCUGUUGGUCAGCAGUCCACAAGAUCGGUAUGUUCCCUAUCAUUCAACACGAAUCGAGCUAUGCAAAGCGGCCGUCCGCGAUAGUUCCACCUUGGGUGUUGUUUAUAUGGAAAUGGUCACUAACAUUCUGCAACGGUUGAUCAAGUCCUCUCGAACCACCGUAGUCCGAUAUUCCUGGAAAAGUUUAUCUGCGUCUCAUGUGCCAAGUACUUUCGAUGAUCAUUUCCCAGUGAUGUUUUUCUGCCAAUGGAUCCAUGUCGGCGGCCGUGUAUAG